UAUGGGGACAACAAACCUCCACACAUGCAAGUAAAGUUGCCUCUUAUGCAAAACUGUUAUCCCAGUGUAGAUUUCUUCCCUCAUCAACAUCACAAAACCAAAAUUGUGAAUUGGAUUAGAAUCUGGGACAGACAGAUCUGUCAGAAUUCACAUUUCACUGCUUUUUUCAUCUCUUCAUUUCCAGAAAUGGCUUCCCUCUCUCUUUCUGCUAAGCUCACUACUCUUCCUUAUCUCCUCCACACCCAGUCCCCCAAAACCCCUCUGUCUCACAACCUUAGCAUUAUCUCCAAAUCCUCAGAAUCGCAGUUCUAUGGCCUCAAACUCCACCGCUCAUCCUCCCCUUCACUGCCUUCUUCUUCUUCUUCAACGCCAAGAAGUUUCAUUUUUGCAAAGGUGAACAAAGGCUCUGCGCCGCCGGCGUUUACAUUGAAAGAUCAAGAUGGGAGAAAUGUGAGCCUGUCCAAGUUCAAAGGCAAGCCUGUGGUGGUCUAUUUCUACCCUGCUGAUGAAACUCCUGGCUGCACCAAACAGGCCUGUGCCUUCAGGGACUCUUACGAGAAAUUCAAGAAAGCAGGAGCUGAAGUUGUCGGGAUUAGCGGGGAUGAUACAUCAUCCCACAAGGCCUUUGCCAAGAAAUAUAGACUUCCAUUUACACUGCUAAGUGAUGAAGGGGACAAGGUGAGGAAAGAGUGGGGAGUCCCCUCAGAUCUUUUUGGUGCAUUGCCUGGAAGACAGACCUAUGUUCUUGACAAGAAUGGAGUCGUCCAACUCAUCUAUAACAAUCAGUUCCAGCCCGAAAAGCAUAUUGAUGAGACUUUGAAGCUCCUUCAAAGUCUUUAAUCAUACCUCCAAAUUCUUUCUUAUGUUCUUUCUGUAUGAGAUAGAAUAUCUUAUCUCUCCCUAAUUAUGUAUGUAUCUGCCAACACUAAUCAAGUGUUCUUGAGUUCUCGAGAUUAGUCUAAUACUGCCUUACCGGAAAUACUAUUCCAUAAUGAAUCUAUACUGCAAACUAAACAUGCUAUUAGUCUCUCAUAUGAUCUGUUUUGGUUCUUAA